AUGACCUCACAUACGCAGUCGCAGCGCUACCUCAGCACCCGAGGAGGCUCAUAUGAUUUCUCCUUUGAAGAUGUCGUCCUGAAGGGCCUCGCGGCCGACGGCGGCCUGUUCAUUCCUGAGGAAAUUCCCGCCUUGCCGCAAGACUGGCAAACGACAUGGAAAGACCACAGCUUCCAGCAGCUCGCUUUGGAGAUCUUCAGCCUUUACAUCUCACCCUCAGAGAUCCCGCGAAAAGACCUCGAAGGCAUCAUCGAACGCAGCUACGCUGGCUUCCGCGCACCCAACGUCACGCCCAUCCGUACUCUCGACAGCAAGAAGAACCUUCACCUGCUCGAGCUCUUCCACGGACCGACGUUCGCGUUCAAGGAUGUCGCAUUGCAGUUCCUCGGCAAUUUGUUCGAAUACUUCUUGGUCAGGAGGAAUAAGGGGAAAGAGGGAGAUGACCGGGAGCAUUUGACUGUAGUCGGUGCGACGAGCGGAGAUACUGGAUCGGCGGCCAUCUAUGGCUUGCGAGGCAAGAAGGAUGUGUCGGUGUUUAUCAUGUUCCCCAAGGGCAAAGUCAGCCCGAUUCAAGAGGCACAGAUGACCACUGUUUUGGAUGCCAAUGUGCACAACCUCUCGGUUGAGGGCACGUUCGACGAUUGCCAGGACAUCGUCAAGGCUUUAUUCAACGACCCAGAGAUCAACCAGACCCACAAGCUGGCUGCGGUCAACAGCAUCAACUGGGCACGUAUCCUCGCUCAGAUCACCUACUACUUCCACUCAUACUUUACUCUUGCACGACAAACCUCGACACCGAACCCCAAGGUUCGUUACGUGGUUCCCACUGGAAAUUUCGGUGACAUCCUCGCCGGUUACUUUGCGACUCGUAUGGGCCUGCCCACCAACAAGCUCAUCAUUGCGACCAACGAGAACGACAUUCUGCAUCGCUUCUGGAGGACUGGACACUACGAGAAGAAGCCGGUGCACGGUCGCGAAGCCGAAGGCGGAUUUGAGGAGGACGGCGUCAAAGCGCACGAGGAGGGCGUCAAGGAGACCCUCGCGCCGGCCAUGGACAUUCUCGUGAGCUCGAACUUUGAGCGUCUGCUAUGGUUCCUUGCGCUGCAAACGAACACCGAGCACGAUCGCGCCGCUGCUGGUGCUCAGGUCAAGAGUUGGCUCGAAGCCCUUAAGACAUCCGGCGGUUUCGGCGUCGACCCAGCCAUCCUUUCCGCCGCCAAGGUCCAUUUUGCCAGCGAGCGUGUGAGCGACAAGCAGACCCUGACCACCAUCACGAACACCUAUCUCCAGCCUCUGGAACCGCGCCGCGCCGACGAGACCGAGCUACCCACCCGUGGCUCCGAACAUGAUGGCCACUACAUCCUCGAUCCCCACACCGCCAUCGGCGUCGAGGGCGCCCUCCGCUCCAUCUCGACCAUCGGCGCCAGCGAAGGUGAAGUCCACCACAUCGCCUUGUCGACUGCGCACCCUGCCAAAUUCGCCAACGCCGUCGAGCUCGCGCUGCGCGACCAACCGGGUUUCUCCUUCGAGACGGUUCUGCCGGUGCAAUUGCAGGGUCUGGAGUCGAUGGAGAGGCGCGUCACGGAUUCCCCGGCGGACUGGAAGAAAGUCCGCGAGAUUGUGGUGAGGGAGGUGGCAGAGGAGAAGGCGGCUUUGACGCGGUAGAUAGGGGUUUAAGAUUUACAUAUUUGUUUUGUUGUCGCCUCGCUUUUUGAGUCUUGGGGAUGUGCUAUGAAGGAAAUGGUAGAAAAAGUUGCUGAGGUGCUUUGAAUACAUGCAUUUAUUGUUGUUCGUUGAUCACC